UUAAAAACUGACCAAUUAAAUCAUAAAAUCAUAAAUUUAUUUUCUACAAUACUAAUAACAAUCUCAAAUAGAAAUCAAAAGUGAUUUUUAUUUUCUUGUAAAAAAAACAAAAAAAAAAAAAGAAAAAGAAAAAAGAAGAAAGGGAGAUUGGGCCAGCAAAACAUGCACAGGCCACAGGCCCAAUCAUCGUCGAAAGCGGGAAAAAGAAAAUUGCACUUCGUUACGUCAAAGAGAAAUAAAAUAGACGACGAGAGUUUCUACUUGCAGAAAAGAGAAGAGAAAUGGCGCCAAUAUUGCAGAGCUCACAACCAUGGGUUGAGAAAUAUCGACCAAAGCAAGUGAAAGAUGUAGCUCACCAGGAAGAAGUGGUUCGUGUUCUUACCAACACUCUCGAAACCAGUAAUUGCCCGCAUAUGCUCUUUUAUGGCCCACCUGGGACCGGAAAAACGACGACAGCACUGGCUAUCGCUCACCAGCUUUUUGGACCUGAACUUUACAAGUCGAGGGUUUUAGAGCUAAAUGCAAGCGAUGACCGUGGUAUUAAUGUUGUUCGGACUAAGAUUAAGAAUUUUGCUGCUGUGGCUGUAGGUUCUGGUCAGCGUGCAGGGGGCUACCCUUGUCCACCAUAUAAAAUAAUUAUCUUAGAUGAGGCUGAUUCAAUGACUGAAGAUGCGCAGAAUGCCCUUAGGCGUACAAUGGAAACUUACUCCAAAGUUACACGAUUCUUUUUUCUUUGCAAUUAUAUCAGCAGGAUCAUAGAGCCACUUGCUUCAAGAUGUGCCAAAUUUAGGUUCAAGCCACUUUCAGAAGAAAUAAUGAGCAGCCGUGUAUUGCAUAUAUGCAGAGAGGAAGGCCUAAACCUGGACGCAGAGGCUCUUUCAACACUAAGCUAUGUAUCACAAGGUGAUCUUCGUCGGGCUAUCACAUACUUGCAAGGAGCUGCUCGCUUAUAUGGAUCAACAAUUUCAUCUAAGGACCUAAUAAGUGUAUCUGGGGUCAUUCCACAAGAGGCUGUAGGGGCACUUUAUGCUGCAUGCAGAAGUGGUGACUUUGAUAUGGCAAACAAGGAGGUCAACAACAUUAUUGCAGAAGGAUAUCCAGUUUCUCAAAUGCUUGUUCAGAUAGAAGUGCAACUGAUCAGAUACUUUGUCCAGCUACUGGAGGUGGUGGUUGAAGCAGAUGAUAUAUCAGAUGAACAGAAAGCUCAAAUAUGCAAGAGUUUGGGUGCAGCUGAUAAGUGUCUUGUUGAUGGUGCUGAUGAAUACUUGCAGCUGCUGGAUGUGGCCAGCAACACAAUGCGAGCUCUUUGUAAUAUGCCACAAGAAUUUCCUUAUGAGAGUUAGAGAGCUCGGAUUGAGAUGCAGCACAGAGUCAGAUCUUGUAUAAUAAUUUUGAUUUGCUUUUGAAGAAGGUUAAUAUUUCUUGCAAGCAUAAAAAAUUGGAACAGACAUUUGCAUGUGCGCCAAGCCUUUUUUGCUUUCAAUUCUUGCUUAAUGUGAUUGGUGUGCUUGAAUUAGCAA